AUGUCGGACACAGAAGAACGUCUGAAAAGCCUAUGGGCAGAAGUCCUUGGUCGGGGGACUACAGAUCUGAACAGCGAGAGCAAUUGGUUCGAAGUUGGAGGCGACAGCGUGCUCGCCAUCAGGCUAGUGAAUUCGGCGGGCCAAAAUGGCAUACAUCUGUCCAACCAGGCUGUCUUCGACGCUCCCACGCUAUCGGGAAUGGCCAAGGCCGCAACGCAGAAAAGCGUUGGUUCGGACGGAGGAGAGCCCGACAAAUCGCAAGCACUGGGAGCAGCUGGACUCAUGCAGCAGUGGGACAUUAUCAAAACUUGCCUGGAGCAGACUGGGAUCGAGAACCAUGAAUUGGAAGACAUUGCUCCUUGUGCAGGAUUUCAGGAAGAACUGAUGCGUGCAACGAACGACACUGGCAUCUUCAUGAUACAAGUGAUCUUUAAUGCUGGGAACGAGAAGAGCAUCUCGAGAGCCAAGACGGUCAUCGAUCGUAUUGUCCAGAGCAAUAGUAUCUUCCGCACAAGGGUUGUACAGCACGAACAAGACUUCUAUCAGGUUGUGGUGAAGAAACCAAUCGAAUGGACUGAGUUCGAUGGCACACUAGAAGCCUAUAAAGUCCAGGAUGAGGCACGCAGGAUUCAUUACGGUGAUCCUUUGAUCAGACUAGCCGUGGUACGGGAUCCUCACGGUCUUUACAUAGUCUGGACGAAAAGCCACGCUGCGUACGAUCGCUGGAGUCGAUACGAACUCAUGAAUGACCUCGAAGCUGGAUUUCUAAACCCUGCAGCAUUUCUUGAAAACUCAAAACGCCCGGACUUUCGAAGUUUUGUCGAUGGUACAUUGGCAGGGAAUGCAGAAGAAAGCAUGCAGUUCUGGCAGAAUCGAUUGAAAGGUGUGGAGAAGUUCGAUUUAUUGUUCCCGGAGAGCAAGCAACGCGACUACAUGUCGUCAAAGACGGAUCGAUUGCGCACGCGAAUCGUGGCAUGUCCGAAACCCAAAGGACGAGUGGGUCUCGAUGCAAUCAACACGGUAGGAUCUGCUCUGUUGCUUGCCAACGAGUCAGGUCUUGACGAUGUUUUCUUUAUGCAAGUCCGAAGCUGUCGACAACUGCCCAUCGACGGCAUUGACAGUAUCAUCGGACCUCUGUGGACGCCUUGUCCAAUCAGACGGAAAUUGAAAGCCGAUACCACCUUGCAAAGUCUCCUUGAAGAAGUGUCGGAAGAGGCCAACCAGGCGAUCCCCCAUGAAGCCUUUGGCUCAAUAGCAACGCUUCAACAUUUUGGUCAUCGACGGUUUUAUCAAUUCGUGACGAUGAUGCAGCCACCGAAGACCGCAAACUUCGAUGCAGAUUUGAAGACGAGAGACGAAGACGGAGAGAACUUGUCACUGAAGGUGUGCGAAACAACCCAGACUCGCAAUUUCUUUGGCUUCUACCUUAUGCAGAAUCCCAUCAAGGACGACAAACUGGAGAUGUGGGUGCGAUAUGACGAUACGUUUCUCAGCCCAGAGCGUGUAGAAGAAUUGAUGGACAAGUAUUGCAAGGUUUUGGAGACCUUUAACAACAAUGACUGGAACGAGAUCACAGUUGCAGAUAUCUGCCCCCAUAUUCGCACGUCAAGCAGCCGUCAAGCACCAGAACUCGACUCAACAGAUGCUCCUUCAACGCUCGCAGGAAUCUUUCACCAACCUUCGAAGUCGCCAGCGCUUAUCAUACCGGGUGAGGAGUCUUUGACUUCCUCGCACGAAGAUCUCCAGCGGGUCGUGGAAGAUAUGCAGAAGGAGCUUGCGAAUUUUGGUGUGGCCCGUGCUAUAGCAGCGCCUCUCAAUCCAGCCUACAAGCAAGACGAGUUCGAAUUUUACAUUGAUGAUCUUGGCUCUGCGGUUGCGGUCAUUCCUCGGGGCUCUUACGAAGAAGACGGCCCUGCUGUACAUGCAGCGAGAAAGUACAAAGCCGCGAUUGCGGAAGUAUAUUGGGAUGCAGCUUCCAACAAAAUCGUGUUCGACGUUAAAGAAAAGGGCAAACUGGAGUCCGACGAUAGUGAAGAGAGAGAAGUCCUGACAGCUCAGGAAGAUGAUGUUGCUCUGGUAUUGCACACAUCUGGCACCACUGACAGGCCCAAAGCUGUGCCUCUGACGCAUUCCAAUCUGCUGGCCUCAAUUCGCAACAUCUGUCGUACCUACGCCUUGAGGCCUGACGACCGCACGAUGCUCAUCAUGCCACUAUUCCAUGUACACGGUUUGCUCGCAUCGUUUCUCUCUCCGCUCUAUUCGGGAGGCUCAGCCGUGGUGCCUCAGCGACUGACUCCAGAAUUCUGGAAAUACUUUGAGGAGCAUGGUGCAACAUGGUACACCGCUACACCUUCCAUGCAUCGGGUGAUCUUGUCUUUUCCCAAGCCUGUAAAGAGCGUCGUGCAGAAGAUUCGUUUCAUACGAUCAUGCAGCUCCCAAUUGUCCGAGAGUUGGUUCAAAUCAAUGAGUGAGAGAUUCGAAGGAGUUCCCAUAGUGGAAUCAUAUGCAAUGACGGAAGCUAGCCAUCUCAUGACCUCAAACCCGUUGACCCUCGGAGAGCAGAUGCCAGGCAGCGUGGGGCAAGCAGCCGAAGGCGUCGAGGUAAAGAUCUUGGGCCAGGACGAUGAUAAUGAGGUCAAGCAAGGAGAAGUCGGCGAAGUCUGCAUCCAAGGCGAAAAUGUGACAAAAGGAUACCUUAACAACCCUGACGCGAACAAGUCCUCAUUCACAGAAAGCGGCUUUUUCCGAACAGGAGAUCAAGGAAAACUGGACGAGAACGGCUUCCUCUUUCUCACAGGGCGCCUGAAAGAGCUGAUCAAUAAAGGUGGAGAGAACAUUUCCCCUGUCGAGCUCGACAACGUAAUCAAUAAGCACGAAGAUAUCGUAGAAGCUGUCAGCUUCGCUAUCGACGACGAAGCUUAUGACCAGGAUGUAGGCUGUGCCGUGAAAGCUGCUGAAGGGAAAGACUUGAAAGAGGAUGAUCUGAAGAAGUGGAUCGCAGAGCGAGUGGCUGCUUUCAAGGUUCCGAAGAAGAUUUGGCUUACUGACGAGAUACCCAAGACGGCUACUGGAAAGGUGCAGAGGAAGCUGGUGGCUGAGAAAAUGGUCAAUGGCUAG